AUGCCCGAUUUGGUAAAACAGCUCCAAAAAGACCCAAACGGCCCUGCUAGCCCUCAGGGGCUUAAAAAAAAUGGGCCCCUGGUCCUCUGGGAUCCCCCCUCUAUAGGGACAAGCCCUAUUGCAAGAAAGAAUGCCAAAUGGUCUCCACCGAAUCAAGGGUGGCUAAAUCUUAACUUUGAUGGUGCCUCAAGAGGCAACCCAGGUGCUACUGGCAUAGGCUAUGUGAUUAGAGACCACAAAGGAAGAGAAGUAGACAGGAUUGCCAUGCCAAUACCCCCUAAUACCAACAAUAUUGCAGAAUUCAAAGCUCUUCAACUGGGCCUCACAGAUUGCCUCAAUCAUGGAGUUAGGAAUAUAAUUAUUGAAGGGGAUUCUGCAAUUGCCAUUAAUGCAAUCAAGACAAAAAGCACCCCAAACUGGAGAUUGCAAGAUUUACUAGAUAGCAUUCUCAAGAACCUAUCAAAACUGGAAAGCUUCAGUGCAAGGCAUGUAUACAGGGAAGCUAAUACAAAAGCGGAUGCUUUGUCCAAAGUAGCUGCCGAGGGGGGGAAGAUUUAUUGGUGGGAGGACAACCUCUAUCCCUAUGGAUAA